CUGGGUCAGACAUUGGAUCGUCUGGCUCGACAGCGGGCAUCGGCACCAGGCAUCAGCAGGCACCGGGUCAUCUGGCGCUGGAUCAUCUGGCUCGACAGCAGGCAUCGGGUCACCAGGCAUGACAGCAGGCACUGGGUCAUCAGGCAUUGGAUCGUCUGGCUCGACAGCGGGCAUCGGGUCACCAGACAUGACAGCGGGCACUGGGUCAUCAGGCAUUGGAUCGUCUGGCUCGACAGCGGGCAUCGGGUCACCAGGCGGAGCGGCGGGCGCCGGGCCCCCAGGAGGUGCGGCAGGCGCCGGGCCCCCAGG